AUGCUUAACAUCAAGCUUUCAGGAAGAAUUGAUGCGCAAGCGACAUAUUCGGACACCUCGCUCAAUCAAUUGCACGAUUGGUUCAUGAAUGUACAAGAGGUGGAGACAACGUAUCAGAAUUCAGAUUGGGCCAAGAAAACACAAAACGCAUUGGGCUUCAUCAAGGAUACUCAAACCUCAGUGGAGCUUGCGCUCGAUUUUGAGAGUUUGAAGCUGAAAUGGAAAGGUUAUCGAAUUUUGUGUUCAAUGGUUACACAAAUGGCUAUAUAUCAAACUGUUGACCGAUUUCCGAAGCUCACGCCCAAACGAAAGAAAGACCUAUUCGAUGGAAGGGGGAGAAUCUUGGGAAUGCUAGAAGCUUUCAGUAGUAUUGUCUUACAGAACAGACAAUUCAACCGGGAAGAAGACUUUUAUCGUGAGGUACAAAAAGUGAUCCCCAAACCUUACCAACUGGAACUGGAUUAUUUUCCGGUCUGCGCUUAUUGGGUGCAGUCAUGCGAACGCGACUAUAAUGUGGUCACAGAGCUCAUCAAAAUAUGCCAGAAAACAGCACCCCUGAUGAUUUCGAACGAUGUUAUAUUCUGGGAGCAACUUAAAAUGGUUGCUGCUAAAGAAAAUCUCAAGCCUUUGGUGGAAGCUUAUGAACAACUUUGCGAAUUCUUUCGAAAUGGCUUCCCUUACGAUCGGUUAUUCGAAUAUUAUAAGUUAGUCUCGAGGAUCAGUAAUCAACUCAAAAUCUUCGGAGAUCAUGAAGAGAAAGUUCUUCUGGGUCUGGCUAGAGUACAAACACGCGAUAGCAACUCCAUGGCACAAGCUCAGUCCAAAAAAAAAGGUGGUCAACUAACGGCGAGUGAACUCCCAAUGAAAGUUUUGCAAGACAAGGCUAACUUGGUGAUGAAUUACGCGGAAGAACUUCUCCAAGCAAGAAGCUUGGGGCCGGUGAUAGAGUUUUAUCCCCAUGUUCGCGCUGAAAAAGAGCAGAUAGAAAGAAUUGCACUUCUGCUUUCUGACAUUGUGUCGCUCGACUAUGUCAUCAAACUUAGCCACCUGGUCCACCAGCUUGGUUAUGAUCUCUACCGUACGGAUUUACCAGUGGUCAUUAAACACAAGGUGACUCACUUUGCCGAGUUUUUGCACGAAGAAAUAACAGAAAUAACAGCUCCGAUGAUGACACCCAAAGAGCCAGUGCCAGAAAGAGAAACCGUCCGAGAAUGGGACAGCAACCUGUCGACAACAUUGCAAAAGCACAUGUCAUUAAACAAGCCCCUUGACGUUCAACUCAGAGCCGCAAGCGAGCAUUUAGAUUCGCUAAAAGAUGCGAACGUUGGAAAGGAAGAACGCGUCCACAGAUACAGCUUAUCAGUCCUCAAGGCAAUAAGGGACUACGAGCAUUCACAUAUUCUCCCCACAACCACACUUCGGCUCCACGAAAGCCCGACAACAUGGCAAGCCAUACUACGGACGACAGAGAGAGAACUUGCAACUAUCGAUAAGAGAAAUGCCGCUAUUUUGAUUGAUAGUUUGUCACGUACACAGAGAGUUAUUAGGAACAUACCGGUAUUUGACCGAAUUUAUUAUAUUUUGAAUACGAUAAGAGGUUCCAAGAGAACUUAUAUUCUGCAAAAAGUCAAUAGUCGAUUAAAAGAAUUUCAAAAAACCAACAAUGGCCACGAAUUCCACACUUUAAACAAUAUACUAAAGAAGAUUACUGAUAACGCAAAUUCAAGAGAGAUCUUGAAUGACGUUUGGCGACGAAGUUUUUUGCCAGAUCUUCAGGUUUUGCCGACCGAAUUGGCGAUGAUCUUAGGUGACAUGUUUGAUGAUUAUUCCAGAGCCAUCCUGAUCAAGAGACUCAAGCCAGAAUGUCAAGAAUUCUUGAAACAAAAUCUCCACGCUUUAUUGCGAAAAGACUUCCUUUCCGAGGAGGUCAUAAGAAACCAUAAAGAAUUAUUGGAGGAUGCAUACCUGCGAUUAGAUCAAGAAAAAUCCACCCUAAAAUUAUCCAAUGGCUCAACCAGGUUUGGAUUACUAAGUUUUUGA